GCAGCUUGAUGGCGUCGGGAAGUGGCGCCCGGCUCUCGGCCGCGGCCCCAGGGCGAAGGCCGCAAGUGUGAGCGGACCAAUGGCCCAAGCGUGCGGUGACCUCGGGGUUCUGCAAGUGGAGGCGCGAGCCCUUCUCACCCUUCGCCAUGAGUUUCUUAAUUGACUCCAGCAUCAUGAUCACCUCCCAGAUACUUUUCUUUGGAUUUGGAUGGCUUUUCUUUAUGCGCCAACUAUUCAAAGACUAUGAGGUGCGUCAGUAUGUUGUGCAGGUAAUCUUCUCUGUGACAUUCGCAUUUUCUUGCACCAUGUUUGAACUCAUCAUCUUUGAAAUCUUAGGAGUACUGAAUAGCAGCUCCCGUUACUUUCACUGGAAAAUGAACCUGUGUGUAAUUCUGCUGAUCCUAGUCUUCUUGGUGCCUUUUUAUAUUGGAUAUUUUAUUGUAAGCAACAUCCGACUAUUGCAUAAACAGCGACUGCUUUUUUCGUGUCUCUUAUGGUUAACCUUCAUGUAUUUCUUCUGGAAGCUAGGAGAUCCAUUCCCUAUUCUCAGUCCAAAACAUGGGAUCUUGUCCAUAGAACAGCUCAUCAGCCGGGUAGGUGUGAUUGGGGUGACUCUCAUGGCUCUGCUUUCUGGAUUUGGUGCUGUCAACUGCCCAUACACAUACAUGUCUUACUUCCUCAGGAAUGUGACUGACACAGAUAUUCUAGCCUUGGAACGGCGACUGCUACAAACCAUUGAUAUGAUUAUAAGCAAAAAGAAAAGGAUGGCAAUGACACGAAGAACUAUGUUCCAGAAAGGGGAAGUGCAUAACAAGCCAUCAGGAUUCUGGGGAAUGAUAAAGAGUGUUACAGCUUCAGCACCAGGAAGUGAAAAUCUUACUCUAAUUCAACAGGAAGUGGAUGCUUUGGAAGAACUAAGCAGACAGCUUUUUCUGGAAACAGUUGAUCUAUACGCUAGCAAGGAGAGAAUAGAAUACUCCAAAACUUUCAAGGGAAAAUAUUUUAAUUUUCUAGGUUACUUUUUCUCAAUUUACUGUGUUUGGAAGAUUUUUAUGGCAACCAUCAAUAUCGUUUUUGACCGAGUUGGGAAAACUGAUCCUGUUACAAGGGGCAUUGAGAUCACUGUCAAUUACCUGGGAAUCCAAUUUGAUGUAAAGUUCUGGUCCCAGCAUAUUUCCUUCAUUCUGGUUGGAAUAAUCAUUGUGACAUCCAUUAGAGGACUACUGAUCACUCUCACUAAGUUCUUUUAUGCCAUCUCCAGCAGUAAGUCCUCCAAUGUCAUUGUCCUGCUAUUAGCACAGAUAAUGGGCAUGUACUUUGUCUCUUCUGUGCUGCUGAUCCGAAUGAGCAUGCCUCUGGAAUACCGCACCAUAAUUACUGAGGUCCUUGGAGAACUGCAGUUCAAUUUCUACCAUCGUUGGUUUGAUGUGAUCUUCCUAGUCAGCGCUCUUUCAAGCAUACUCUUCCUCUAUUUAGCUCACAAACAGGCACCAGAGAAGCAUAUGACACCUUGAACUCAUGCCUAUUAUAGACUUUUACAGACCAGCGGUGUCAUAAUUUGGAUAUGAAAGAAAAAAAUGGAAGGGACCAGGACCUAUAAUUUUUAAACAAGCAAAGUGCUGUGGUAGCAUACUCUACCUCCAGUGUAGGCUUUCUUCCUCUGGUGAUACUGUAGUUAAGAUUAGCAUCAGCUGGAACAUGAGAAAAUGAAGUAACUCAAGCUAGUAUUCAAUCGAACUUCAUAUGUGAGUUUUAAGACUGCUACAGAGUGAGGGAGAGGAGUUGGAAAAGACCCACGAGACUAGAAGGAAAAUACACUGAAACAAUGGCGUAAGAGAAACCUAAGAAGAGGCCAGGGAGAUAGCAUAAUGCUUAUGCAGAAGACAUUCACGCCUGAGGCUCUAAAGUCCAAGGUUCAACCCUCAGCACCACCAUAAGCCAGAGCUGAGUAGUACUCGGUAAAAAUAAAAUAAAAGGGAGUCGGGUGGUAGCACAGUGGGUUAAGUGCAGGUGGCACAAAGUGCAAGGAACGGCAUAAGGACCCCGGUUCAAGCCCCCGGUUCCCCACCUGCAGGGGAGUUACUUCACAGGUGGUGAAGCUGGUCUGUAAGUGUCUGUCUUUCUCUCCCCUCUCUGUCUUCUGCUCCUGUCUCCAUUUCUCUCUGUCCUAUCCAACAACAAUGACAUCAAUAAUAACUACAACAACAAAACAACAAGGACAGCAAAAGGGAAUAAAUAAAUAAAUAUUUAAAAAAAUAAAUAUGAAAUAAAAUAAAAUGAAAAUGAAACCUAAGGUAACCAAACCAAACAUAGAGGACAGAUGACUUUCCCUCAAUACUGACUGUCUUAAAAUCAGAGGGUGUAACACUUGGGUCUUAGGUUCAUUUUAUCAAGCAUAGUCUGGUAUGCUUGUAUGAUCAAAAGUGAAUUGGUACCCCACACAUCCUCCCUGCCCUUUACCCAAUUAAAAUAACCAAGCAUUAUUUGCCUGUUCUUUUUCUGGGAAAGAGGGUAUUGACUAAAAUUGAUUCUAUAUAGAGACUUCAUAGAGUAUGUUAUUUUUCUUGAAUUUUUUUCAGUACUAUUUAAGAGCCAGUACUUCUAGGUCCACAAGGUAGCUCACCCAGUAAUGUGCAUAUUUUAAAAAUAUGUGCCAGGGGUGGGAUUUGAGUCCCAGGAACCACAUGGGGAAGUCCCUUGUAGAGGGGAAACUUUACACGUGGUGGAGCAGUACUAUGGCAUCUUUCCUUCUCUGAGUAACUAGUUCUAGCUCAGUGGUGAUCCCCCUCCCCUUUCUUGUGCACUGAAUAAGUGCAUAAGUCAUUUUCCUUUCCUGGAACUCAGUUUCUUCAUCUACAAAAAUAAAGAUGUUAAAGCAUUAAAAAGUUUACCAAAAGUACAUUAAAUUAUAUCUGCUAACAGGGAAAUUGUGGGUUGUUUGUUUUUUACCAGAGCACUGCUCAGCUCUGACUUAUUUCAGUGCAGGGGACUGGACCUGGGGCAUCGGAGCUUCAGACAUGAGAGUCUUCCUGUGUAACAAUCAUGCUAUCUCCCCCACCCAGCAACCACAUUCUUACAAAAGCAUGAUUCUUAGAGACUUUAUUUAACAACUCAUGUACAGAUUUAUUAAUUAUCUUCAGUGCUCGGGGAGCCUGUAGAAGUCAAAGAUACCAUUCACUAUACAGAGAAAGAUAGUUGAGUUGAAGCUCAAAUGAGAUCACAUGAAAAUCUGGCUCCUUAAGAAAGACCUUAGCUUUUCCUAAGUUGACCAUAAAUAAUCCAUCUGUAGUCACCCCUCAGGCAAGCAACUGCAUGUGAUGAACUGCUUUCCAGAGGACUUCUCUUCUGACAGAGAUAGUAAGCGGGUGGCAAAUCAUUCCUUGAGAAAGGAUUCCUGUUAAACAUCCAGAGACAGCCAAAGCUGUUACUUCUUCUCAUCACAUCUCUGUAUCUUCAGAACUGGAAGAAGAGUGAGAGGCUGUACUAUUGGCCUGUGCAAAAGAAAACAAAGUGGUAGAGUGUGAACAUCAGGAAACGGAUGACCUGUUUCUAGAGUUGCCUUAAGUUGGCCAGUAGAGUCCUCACUGGCAGCCAGGUGACAUGAAGUCUACACUGGACUUAGUUCCAGCUUGCUACUUGAUACUUCAGCAAAUUUUCUUAAUUUUUAUAUAUUCCUUUUCUAUAAAACUAUCAUUGACUUUCCAUAGAAAUACAGAAUUUUCAGAGACACCGGGUAUACUGCCUUUGUUAAGUUGUUCAGAGUACAAGGUGAGUGGCUGUUCUGUGUGCUGUGGUCUGAGUAUUUGUAUCUUCCCAGAAUUCAUGGAAUGAAAUCCUAGUCCCUAAAGCGAUAAUAUUAGAAGGUUCAUACUUUAGGAAGUGAGGUUGAGGAUGGAGUCUUCAUGAUGAAGAUUAGUGCCCUUCCAAAAAGCUCACUAGCCCAUUCCACUAAAUGAGGACACAGCAAAGAAGCUAAUCUGCACACAGGAAGAGAGCCUUCACAAGACGCCAGAUAAAUCCGCACCAUGACCUUGAAUUACACAGCCUCCAGAACCAUGUGGAAUAAAUAAAUAGUUGUUUAUAAA